CUCGGCUUUCGCUGUAAGGCGGCCUACGAAAAUGAAGAGCGACGCACGAACUCACCAGUCUCGCGACUGCGCGAUAUCGAUGUCGAGGAUUAAGUAUAUAGGAAGCAACAUGCUGAAAAAGUAAACAAGAAACCACAUCCAAUACGGGUUACCAACGUCUCAGAGAACACUCAGCAUAUCCGAUAUGGCAACUCCCAUGCUUCUCAAAGGAGGGACAGUCUUAGUGCACGACGAACAGGACCAUGUCCAUGCUCUCAAAACGGAUCUUCUAAUUGAAGGAAACACUAUUUCCAAGACCGAAGAUGAUAUACUGGCUUCGUCCAGUACUCAAAUCAUCGACUGUACAGACAAAAUAUUGACACCUGGCUUUAUCGAUACUCAUCAUCACGUCUGGCAGACUUUGCUGAAAGGACGACAUGGUGAUGAUACUUUGCUGGACUAUUUCCCAAAAGGAAAUUUCACGUCUUCCGUUCAUGACUCCGAGGAUUUCUUUUGGGGCCAGCUUGGUGGCUGUCUGGCCAUGCUCGAUGCUGGCACAACCACGGUUGUUGAUCACGCCCACCUGAACUACGCUCCUGAGUCUAGUAAGGCAGCAAUAGCUGCAGACAUCUCAUCAGGAAUCCGAUCUGUCUUUUGCUAUUGUCCAACUCCGCGCACUGAGUCUUGGUCCCCAUUCAAGUUUUCUGGUCAUGACAUGCUCCCUGACUGGGUGAUGACCACCAUGAAAGAACUCGCUUCCAAAGCUCCAUUUGGAGACGGAAGGAUUACAUUGGGUUUAGCUUUUGAUGCUCUCUGGAUGCCCAAAGAAGUAGUGGUGAAUCUUUUCACCAAAGCUAAAGAUAUGGGCAUCAAACUUAUUACUACCCACUAUGUGCGAAGUGCUAUCCAAGCACCACACUCCCCCAUUGAAGUCCUCGAUAGUUACGGCAUCCUAGACUCAGCCUACCUCUUCUCUCACACCACCAACGCUACCCCAAAAGACGCCGCUCUCCUCCUCUCCUCGAACUCACACGCAUCAACCACGCCCUCGACCGAGCUCCAAAUGUUAGGUGGUUCAACCGCUGCCUUCCACCCAACGCUGAACAUGACUUCCCAAUGCGGCGUCGGCGUAGACUGCCACUCCAACAACUCCGUCUCCAUCGUUUCCGAGAUCCGCUUACUGCUCCAACACGUACGCGCGGUAUACAAUCAGAAAUUCGUAGAUAAAGGCGUCGUAGCGAAGAAAGUCAACCAUACCGUUGAAGAAGCGUUUAAUCUUGGCACGAUAGGCGGCGCGAGAGCUGCUGGCUUGAGUGAUAAGGUGGGUAGUUUGAAGGUGGGGAAGUUCGCUGAUAUACUGGUCUGGGAUGCGACGAGUCCGGCGAUGGUUUGUGCGGCUCAGCAUGAUCCGGUACAGGCGGUGGUGCUGCAGAGUAGUCCGAAGGAUAUUGAGAUGGUUAUUGUGGACGGGGUGAUUAGGAAGGAGGGUGGGAGGUUGAGAGAUGUGGAUUUGAGGCCAGGGAGGGAGAUGUGGGGUGGUGAUGGAGCGAAAGGGGAUGUGGUGAGUUGGAACGAUGUUUCGAAGGAGUUGGUAAAGAGGAGAGAGAGUGUUCAGAGCGUGAUUGAGGGUUUGGAUAUGGAGGAGGCGAGAAAGGGUAUCAUUCAGGGCUGGUAUAUCAACGAGGAGGUUAUUGUUGAUAGUGCUUAGAUGGUGGUGGUAGGAGACUUAUUGGAAGAAUGGGAGUAGAGUCCCACAGAGGCUUCAUGCUAACACUCUUGCAACAUUAAUACAUGCAAUCCC